GGCAACAUUUAUUUUUAGACCGGCGCUGUGCUGUAUUCCAUUCUGUGUCAAUUUUUCGAAAAUUCCAUUUUAUUUUGUGAUCUGAUAGAAAGAUUUCACAAAAUGAGCGGCUUGGUCAGGUCAGCACACAGAGUAAUCCAGGGAUGUGUUAAAAACACAGGCAUAGCGAGUGCGCUAGUGAGCCGAGCACAGGCCCCCGUGAAGCGCGAUUUCACGAGAGGAAUAUGGCACAUGAGCUGCUCAAAGAGGAUGGACGGGCCUGCGGCCACCAGCCUGCUCCAUAACCAUUCCAACACAUGCAACUGCGGAUGCGGUCUGAAAGCCCUACACACGAAAGAAGACUACGGACGUGAGACUUCUACCAAGAAUAGGCCGUUAGGUGAGCGAGAACUGGUGGAAUUCCUCACAGAAGAGAUUGUGGCGGAGAGGAAGGCACAGAAGUUGAAGACCCUGCCCGCGGAGGUGGACGGCUUCAAAGUGACGGGGACUGGAGCUGAGGUGCUGCUGUCCAAGGCACUGAAAGAUGAAGUAAUAAACGUAACAUUCAACGUGAACCACACCGUCGACUCGGACGAUUUCGGCGAAGGCGACGCGCAGCCAGAAAAGCAGGAGUUCUCCGAGAUGCGCUCCAAGCCGCAGUUUGAAGUUGACAUCGUGCGUGGCGACACCACACUUGGAUUCACCUGCUCUUUCCUACAAGACCCGCCUACUACCAAUGCUGAUGAGUAUAAUGACAUAUUCGGAAUCGACGAGGUGACCCUAUACAAGGGAGAGUGGAAUGACAAGGUGUACGCGGUCGCUGGUGACGUGCUUGACGGGUACCUGUACGACCUCCUCAUGAAUGUGCUGGAAGAGAAAGGCAUCAGCAAUGACUUCGUUCAGAAACUGUCAGAUUUCAGCACGGGCUACGAACACGCUGCCUACAUCAACCUUCUCGAAGGCAUCUCCAAAUUCACCAUCGGAAAACAAUAAAUUUGUCUAUAGCUAUUAAAAAAAUAGUCUAUGGUAUGAACAUACCGUAAAUUUGUCUAUGGUCAUUGGUACAAAUGAAAUACCGCAAUAUAAUGUGGCACAGGAGGCCAAUAGCAUUUAUCUUGCUAAAACAGCUUUAAAGGAUGUUAGUUUAGUUGACAAAGAAGUGUUUUGUUCAUUUUAGUGAUAUUUGGUUAGUUACGUUUGAAUAAAUGUAUCCCAAUUUA